AAAUUCAAUCUCCCUCGUUCCUCUCUCUCUCUCUCUCUCUGUAGCAUUUUUUCUUCUCAUUUGCAUCGAUUUUUUCUUCUCUCUAGAAUUUGUUCUGUUCUUCGAAGUAUAUCUCAACUUCAUAUCAAUCUUCAAUGAUUUUUGAUUCAUUUAUUUCUCAUCGCAUGCUCACUUCAAUCUACUUUGAAGUUUUCGAAAACCCUAUCCCUAGUUUAUACCCUUCGAAGAGUUACUUAGCAGCCUCCGUAUCGAAACCAAACCCUAAUAGACAUCAGAAAAUUCGGUUGCUGGAUCUGAAUAUCACUCACCGCUUCAAUAAAUUUUAAGAGACUCAAAGUUGAACCCUAGUUUCUGGAAUUCGGGUCUCUGAUUCAAGGUCUUCUGUCUUAUAACUUCACAUAGAUUGAAGAGACUCAAAAGUUGAACCCUGGUUUCUGAAUUUCGGACUAGUUCUGGAAUCAGUAAACCUGAGAUGGCAGAGAACAGAAAUGGAAAUGGCCCAUCUGCAAAUGGGAGGGCUCCUGGGGCAGGGAAUGCUUACACUAUUGAUUUAGAGGUCUUCAGCAGACGGCUGAAGGCCCUUUACUCCAACUGGCGUGAACACAAAUCUGACCUCUGGGGAUUUUCUGAUGUCCUCGCAGUUCCUACACCUCCUCCAUCAGAGGAUCUGCGAUACCUGAAAUCCUCUGCUCUGAACAUUUGGUUGCUUGGUUAUGAGUUCCCAGAUACGAUAAUGAUAUUUAUGGACAAGCAGAUCCAUUUCUUGUGUAGCCAGAAGAAGGCUUCUUUGCUUGAAACUGUGAAAAGGUCUUCUAAGGAGGCUGUGGGUGUGGAAGUUGUAAUGCAUGUGAAGCCAAAGAAUGAUGAUGGGACUGCACAAAUGGAUGCUAUAUUUCGUACCAUCCGUGCUCAAUCAAAGCUGGAAGGUCAUGAUAAUCCUGUUGUUGGAUAUAUAGCAAAAGAGAUCCCAGAGGGUAAACUAUUGGAGAAAUGGGCUGAGAAGCUGAAGAAUUCGAACCUUCAGCUUGGUGAUAUAACCAAUGGGUUGUCUGACCUUUUUGCGGUUAAGGAGGGUCAUGAGAUCACAAAUGUGAAAAAAGCUGCAUAUUUGACUGCUAGUGUGAUGAAGAAUUUUGUGGUUCCAAAACUAGAAAAGGUCAUUGAUGAGGAGAAAAAAGUCGCACAUUCUUCAAUAAUGGAUGACACUGAGAAGGCCAUACUGGAUCCUACUGGAGUUAAGGUGAAACUGAAGGCUGAAAAUGUAGAUAUCUGUUACCCUCCAAUCUUUCAGAGUGGUGGGAAUUUUGAUCUCAGACCUAGUGCAUCAAGUGACGAUGAGUAUCUGUACUACGAUUCUGCCAGUGUGAUCAUUUGUGCCAUUGGAUCUCGGUAUAACAGCUACUGUUCAAAUAUUGCCAGGACUUUUCUAAUUGAUUCUACUCCAACACAGGGUAAGGCUUACGAGGUUCUACUCAAGGCUCAUGAAGCAGCAAUUGGUGCAUUGAAACCUGGGAACAAAGUAAGUUCCGUGUAUCAAGCAGCCCUAUCUGUGGUUGAGAGGGAUGCUCCUGAUUUGGUUGCCAACCUCACAAAAUCUGCUGGGACAGGAAUUGGUUUGGAGUUCCGCGAGUCAGGCUUAAGUCUUGCUGCCAAGAAUGAACGAGUGUUAAAACCAGGCAUGGUUUUUAAUGUCACACUUGGUUUCCAGAACUUACAAACACGAAGCAAGAAUCUGAAGAGCCAGAAUUACUCUCUGUUACUUGCAGACACUGUUAUUGUUACUGAGAAGGGCCAUGAUGUGGCAACUAUGUUGAGUUCCAAGGCUGUUAAGGAUGUGGCUUAUUCAUUCAAUGAUGAUGAGGAAGAAGAGGAACUGCCUAAGGUGAAAGCUGAGGCCAAUGGUACUGAGUCCUUAUAUUCCAAGGCAACUCUCAGGUCAGACAAUCACGAGAUAUCGAAGGAAGAGCUCCGAAGGCAGCACCAGGCAGAACUUGCUCGCCAGAAGACUGAAGAAACUGUCAGACGUCUUGCCGGUGGGGGGUCUGUAACUGGAGAUAAUCGUAAUUCCACGAAGACUUCGAGUGAGCUAAUCGCCUAUAAGACUGUCAAUGACCUGCCCCCUCCUAGGGAAAUGAUGAUUCAAGUUGACCAGAAGAAUGAGGCCAUCCUCCUCCCUAUAUAUGGCAGCAUGGUCCCUUUUCAUGUUGCCACAGUGAAGACUGUCUCCAGCCAGCAGGACACCAAUCGAAACUGCUAUAUUCGCAUCAUAUUUAAUGUUCCUGGCACGCCGUUCAGUCCUCAUGAUGCAAACUCUUUGAAGAAUCAAGGAUCUAUAUAUCUGAAAGAGGUCUCAUUUCGCUCCAAGGACCCAAGGCACAUAAGUGAAGUGGUACAGCUGAUAAAAACACUUAGGCGGAAUGUUGUAGCUAGGGAGUCUGAGAGAGCUGAGCGGGCAACUUUGGUUACUCAGGAGAAGCUUGUACUAGCAGGGAAUAAAUUU